CGGUACUCUCACUUCGUUUCACUUAAGCUACUUGACAAAGCAGUGUGUGGCCCAUCUUUCGAAAAGAACUAUGGUGAAACAGCGAAACUGCUAGGGAGAAGAGCUUUGAAGAGAUUGAGAAAGCUGGAACGUGAAAAGACAAAGGGACGUGAAUGGUUCGACCUUCCCGCUUCUGAACUUACAGAUGAGGCUAAGGCAGAUCUGGAACUGCUUCAAAUGCGUGCUGCCAUCGAUCCGCUUGCAUUUUACCGACGAAAUGAUCGUAAUGUUCUGCCCAAAUAUUUCCAAGUUGGACGUGUUGUUGAUGCUCCGGAAGACUACUAUAGCAGUCGCAUUCCAAAGAAGGAAAGGAAGAAAACAAUGCUCGAUGAACUGCUCAAUGAUCAACAGUUCAGUCAAACGAAAAGGGAAAAGUGA